AGCCGUGGGCGGAGCCUGACGGACGGCGAGCCACUGUGGUAGCGUGACUGAUUUCUGCUGUCCGCUCAACGACGUACUGACAGAGAGACGUUUUGAGAGCCGGUACAAUUAUGUCCGACGACGAACAGCAAGAGCAGACCAUCGCGGAGGACUUGGUCGUGACCAAAUACAAGAUGGGCGGUGACAUUGCCAACCAGGCGUUGCGAGUGGUCAUCGAGGCAGCCAAACCAGGAGUAUCAGUUCUCAGCCUCUGUGAGAAAGGAGAUGCUUUUAUCAUGGCAGAGACUGGGAAGAUCUUUAAGAGGGAGAAGGACAUGAAGAAAGGCAUUGCGUUCCCCACCAGUGUGUCAGUCAAUAACUGUGUCUGCCACUUCUCUCCCCUGAAGAGCGACCCAGACUACACGCUGAAAGAUGGCGAUUUGGUGAAAAUGUAGGCAAACCCCCCUCGUGU